UUUGCACCUUGGACUUGCUCAGCUCUUCCCGUCCUUCUUGACUAGCCUCGCCGCAUCUGGGCACCCUUCGCUUGUAUGUGCGCCGACUUCAGCCCGUUGACUGUGAUGCAGCGACCAUUGGGAACCGGCACCGCCUUCAGCAUAGACUCCCUGAUAGGCACCAGUCCUCAGCCCAGCCCCGGCCACUUCGUCUACACCGGCUACCCUAUGUUUAUGCCCUACAGACCGGUUGUCCUGCCCCCGCCAGCCCUUCCACAGCCUUCUCUGCAGCACAACCUCCACGCCGUGCCAAGUCCUCACCACCACCAAGUAAGCAACCUGACCGGCUCUCUCUCCAACGGCUUCUGCACCAGCCUGGGCCAGGGGAUGGCCGUCACCACCCUCAUGGCCACGUUACCGGGCACGGGCGAAGGCAGCCGCAGCUUCCCGUCCUCCCCCAACCAGGAGCCGGCCAGGAAGUUCAUGCAGACUCUGGUGACCCUAGACAAGGCUGAAGGCGGCGUGCAACAGGAGGGAGAAGAAACCAAGGCGUUUCUGUGCAAGGACACCCCGGCUCUGUCUUUUCCGGUGUCCGAAGCCGUGCACGCCGUUAUAGGUUCCGUCACGACUAACAGAACACAAGAAAAAGUAGAUUCAAAGGUAGACGACGACCCCAAAAGCAAAGAUGAGAGUUUUUCCAUGGACAGUGAUCUCGAUUACAGCUCUGAUGAGAACGUCACAUCCCAGGCUGCUCACAAGGGAGAGGAGUCCGGCGUCGGCCUGGAGGAACUUAACCACCACAAUCCCACCCCAACAAAUACAGCAACAGGCAAAAACCGGAGGAGGAGGACAGCCUUCACCAGCGAACAACUGCUGGAACUGGAGAAGGAAUUCCACUGCAAGAAGUACCUCUCGCUGACCGAGAGAUCUCAGAUCGCUCACGCCCUCAAACUCAGCGAAGUGCAAGUCAAAAUCUGGUUUCAGAACCGCAGGGCCAAGUGGAAACGCGUGAAGGCGGGCAACGCCAACUCCAAGUCGGGAGAACCAUCCAGGAACCCCAAAAUCGUGGUGCCAAUCCCAGUGCACGUCAGCAGGUUCGCGAUCAGGAGCCAGCAUCAACAACUGGAGCAGCCCAGACCUUGAGAGAAAAAAACUUUUCCAACGAGGCGAGAUUAGGGGCAGAGCGCGCGCGCACACGCACAUAUACACAGAGAGAAACAAACUAACUUCCCGGGUAAAAACCCAAGACUUGCAACAGACAGACCCCUAUUUAUUAUAAAUAAAUAAUUAUGCUUUGUUUGUAUAUAAGAACUGAGAAAAUACAUCAACUCUAUACGGUAUUUAACUGUUUCGUGGACCAAAACAUGUACGCUGGGAAUAUCGCGAACGUCUACAUGCCUGGGGAGAAAGAGACCGCGAUACUAAGAUUCACAUUAAA